GCCGCCACCUCCCUAUAAGUGGCCCGCCGCGGUCGCCAGACCAUGGGGCGCGUCUGCAGUCUCCCGCCAUGGAGCCGGCCGAGAGGUUCCUGCUGGACAAGCUCGCCUACCUGCAGUGCGCCAUGGGCCUCCUGGGCUCCGUGCUGCUCCGGCUGCUGCGCUCGUGCUACGGGCGCUACGCGUCUCCGGGCUCCGCCUUUCGGGUGCCGGCGCGGGCUGCCUGGGCGCUGCAGGAGCUGCCCUCGCUCGCCGUGCCGCUGUGGGUGUGCACCGUCACGGCGGCCGAGCGCCUCCGCCGAGCCCCCAACCGCAUCCUCCUGGCCAUGUUCCUCGUCCACUACGCGCAACGGUAACGACCGGCCGCCUCGCGCCUCCCCGCGCGCCCCUGCUCCCCGCCCCCCCGGCG